AAGAGCAAGCUGCUGCUAAGGAUGCUUCCCAGGAGGAGUCUGAAUCAAUUCCAGAGUACACCGCUGAAGAGGAGCGAGAGGACAACAGGUUAUGGAGGACGGUUGUCAUUGGAGAACAAGAACAGAGAAUUGAUAUGAAAGUCAUUGAACCUUACAAAAAGGUCAUUUCACAUGGAGGAUACUAUGGUGAUGGCCUGAAUGCUAUCAUUGUGUUUGCAGCAUGCUUCUUGCCAGACAGCAGUCGAACUGAUUACAACUAUGUCAUGGAAAACCUUUUCCUCUAUGUAAUCAGUACCUUAGAGCUGAUGGUAGCUGAAGACUAUAUGAUUGUCUACUUGAAUGGAGCAACGCCAAGAAGGAGGAUGCCUGGACUGGGUUGGAUGAAAAAGUGUUACCAGAUGAUUGAUCGACGACUACGGAAGAAUCUGAAGUCAUUUAUAAUUGUUCACCCAUCAUGGUUUAUCAGGACAAUUCUGGCUGUGACACGACCUUUUAUAAGCUCAAAGUUCAGCAGUAAGAUACAGUACGUCAGCACACUGUCAGAGCUUCGUGAAAUGAUUCCAAUGGAAUAUGUGCACAUACCAGACAGUAUUGUCAAACUGGAUGAAGAGCUGAGGGAAACUUCAGAAGCAGCUAAAACUAGCUGCCUCUCAAAUGACCCUGAAAUGACUUCAAUGGAGCAGGACAUUGACAUGACCCUGAAAGAAAACGCAGCGCUGCCAGGCACUUGA